UCGUUCGGAAAGGCGCCAGCCCGAAUUUAAGCAUGCUAACGCCUUAAGGGUUCUUACUUCCUGCCUUUUGAGAGCUGCUAAUAUAAAUGAACAAAAUGAAAUACUCCAGACUGUGCCUUUAACUGGUCUUUCUUCUUCUCUCUGUCCCAGUCCCAGGUAAAGUGUCCCAGCUCUCUAUGGUGGAGCUGGAUGACUCCAACUCUCUGAAGGUGAUGUGGGCUCCCCCUGGUGGAGACUGGGAUAAGUACAGGGUGCUGCUGUUAAAUGGGACCCAGACUCUGGAUAACAGGACCGUGGAGAAAGGGGUGGUGGAGUACACUUUCUCUGGCCUGGGACUGGUCCCUGGGAGGACCUACAGGGCUGGGGUCAUGGUGGAAAGCACUGGGGAGCAAGGCACUGUGGAGUACUGCCACAGAGGAAUGGCUCCUAAGCCCGUCUCAGAGCUCCAUAUCCGCCAUGCUGACGAGACCUCCCCUCAGCGCCCUGUGGAGUCACGCCCCCAACUCAACCAGGGACGGCUACGCCGUGGAGCUCCGCCAUGGCAACGCCACGGUUGCCACGAGAGACCUGACCCGUGA